CAUUUCAAUAUGGAGCAUACAAUCUCCCCCUAGAACUACUGGAUUAUUGAUUAUCUCUUUCUUGUCAAGAUGAAGAAUCUUGUUUCUUUGUUGCUUUGCAUGUUAGCUUUCGGAGUUCUUGCGUUCACCGAAGCCGGCAGGCUCCAGGAGGACUUCUACUGUCAAAGCUGUCCUCUUGCCGAGGAGAUUAUAAAAAAUUCAACGUGGGAACACGUCAAGGCCAACCCUACCGUACCAGCCAGGCUUCUCAGACUGCACUUUCAUGACUGCUUUGUUAGGGGUUGUGAUGGUUCCAUUUUGUUGAACUCAACUGCGAACAACACUGCAGAGAAGGCCGCAACGCCGAACCUGACCUUAUUGGGUUUCGACGUGAUUGAUGAUAUAAAAGAAAAAGUAGAGAAAGCAUGUCCAGGAGUUGUGUCUUGUGCUGAUAUUCUUGCUUUGGCUGCCAGAGAUUCUGUUUCAUUCCAAUAUAAAAGAAAUCUCUGGAAAGUGUAUACUGGUAGAAGAGAUGGCAUCAUUUCGCGAGCUUCUGAAGUCUCGGGCAAUAUUCCUUCUCCUUUCUCCAACUUCACCGUCCUUAAACAAAAUUUUGCCAAAAAAGACCUCAACGUGCUUGACCUUGCCGUGUUAUCAGGUGGACACACAAUCGGAGUAGGGCAUUGCAAUGCCUUUAGGAACCGGCUCUACAACUUCACUGGGAAAGGCGGCCAAGACCCUUCAUUGAAUCCGACCUACGCUGCUUUCCUCAAGACCAAAUGCAAGAGCCUAAGCGAUAACACUACGUUCGUCGCAAUGGAUCCCGGUAGCGCUCUGAACUUCGACAAUCACUACUAUGUCACCCUGGAGCAACAUAAGGGUCUGUUUCAGUCCGAUGCAGCGCUUCUUACUAACAGGGGCGCACGCAAAAUCGUUCGAAAUUUCCUCAAUUCAUCAAGGUUCUUUAGGCAGUUUGCGCAGUCGAUGGUGAAGAUGGGAGACAUUGAAGUUCUCACAGGCAAGAAAGGGCAGAUCAGGAAGCGUUGUGCUUUUGUCAACUCCUAAGUAAUUAUUAAGGAUUUAAGUUGUUAAUUUUAUUUAUGUUAUUGUAUUUGUCAUAAUAAACCAGAUGAUCCAUUUAUGGGUCAAUCUAAUUAAGAUUAAUUUGUGAU